AUGCCUCAUACUUACCCCCCCGUCAAACUUCCCCAUCCCUUCCUCACCGCCUACCAAGUGCGCGUCGCCGAAGAAGGUUCUCCAGCAAAGCGUGUCUUAGCAUUGGAAGAGCAACCCUCAAAUGGCCGACCUCUACCUCAACCUUUACACUUGGAAUCUCUCUCAUGGCGCGAUUUGACCUCCAGCCCGGAGGACCAGCAACCCCCCUCCAACAACAACACCGCCUGGGCCCGAGCCCGCCGCAGCCCCCAGACCACCUUCCAAUGGACUGAGCAAACCCCGUCUCUAGGCCAGAUCUGGGGAAUCGUUCAUGCAAUUUACCUCGCUCAUCCGACAAACGAAUACUUCCGCGUGACACUAGACGGUACAGGGAAAGGCACACUUCGCAGCGAGCUACUUGCGACCGGCCUAGCCAUCGAGCACCCAAAGCCAUUUGGCUCAAAGGAGAUAGCGCCCGAGCAAGCAGAGGAGCUGUUGAUCCUCCGAAGCUCAUUCUGGCAAGGUGCAGCAUCACCAGCAGGCCCACGACCAAUCUGGAAUGUUGGUGACGGGAUUGACCGACCCGCGCGCGAAUCUUUGGACCGAUACCCCAUUCUGCCGGAGAACUACCACAUCACAAACAAGUUUCCCGAGGAGCCAGUAUACACGCGACACCCUAUCCGACGACCCAAGCCUGCGCCUGGCUCGAUUGCAUACAGUCGAUAUAUCCCCGAGGUGAACGAGCACUUUUCUCUAGAGGUUGUGAACUGGGAGGAUGCAGAGCACCUGAAGCUUUUCAAUACCUGGCAAAAUGACCCGCGAGUGGCGAAGGGUUGGAAUGAAACCGGCACAUUAGAUCAACAUCGCGAAUACCUACGCAAGCUGCACUUCGACCCUCAUGUCCUGUGCUUGUUUGGACGUUUCAACGAUACCCGAUUCUCGUACUAUGAACUUUACUGGGCUAAGGAGGACCAUUACGGUGCCCACUACAAUGCCGGAGACUACGACCGUGGCCGUCACUCCCUCGUCGGCGAUGCCUCCUUCCGCGGCGCCCAACGCGUCAACGCCUGGUACUCCAGCUGUAUCCACUAUUGUUUCUUAGACGACCCACGCACAGCAAAUGUUGUCGGUGAGCCUCGUGCCACUGGCUCAAUCAUCUUAUCAUAUGAGAAUGCGCAGGGUCUCACCAUCGGCUCAUACGUCGAUCUCGGACAUAAGCGCUCUGUGCACUCCAUUGCCAGUCGAGAGAAGUGGUUCCAAUUGUGUCCGAUCUUCUGGGAUGGACGAGAGCGACCACUGGAGUCUGCGGAUCGCGCCGCGUGGAAUGCUAAGCUCUAG